AUGCUUAUUGAGCUUCGGGCAGAGGUCAACAAAAGCCUACAAACGCUGGAGACGCCUCUGUUCAUUGCAUGCCAGGGAGGCUUCCUUGAGGUGGUCCGAGUUCUGGUUGAAUCAAAGGCAAAAGUCAAUGAGGCCAAGCAGGACGGGGCUUCGCCUCUAUACAUUGCUUGCCAGAAUGGACAUGUAGAGGUGGUGCGCUACUUGCUGUGUCCCUCACGAACCUCAAGUCAGAAGCCAGACAAAGACUUAGCCAACAGCAACAAUGCAACUCCCCUCUUCAUCGCGUCCCAGAAGGGCCACGAGGCUAUCGUGGAGCUGCUUCUCUUGCGUGAGCCGUCUGCGCAAGUCGACAAGCCGCUGAAGAGUGGCGCCACCCCGUUCUACAUUGCUGCCCUGAAAGGGCAUGCUGGUGUCAUCAGUCGCCUGCGCGAAAGCGGGGCCGCGCUCAAUUCCACCCCUAAACAUGGGGCCACACCAGUGUCAGCUGCCGUGCAGAAUGAUCACCUGGAG